AUGGUAAAGAGCGCUCAGAGACCCCAGCUCAGGAAGCGUAGCGUGCUCGUUGCACUGCUGCUUUGCCUCACCGCCCUUUUUAGCUCGUUUGCCACUAAACUGUACCUAACAAGGGCUCCAGAGUCUCACGAGCUCUCCCAGACGUAUCUCUACCGCCUGCAAUUUGAAGCGUCGCCAAAAUACAAAGCUAACCCCUACUACGAGGGAGCCAACCCGUGGGAUGUAAUGACCACCUAUAGACGGCUCACGCGUAUGUUUCCCUACACGAAGAGCCCUGGAGGUAUACCCAAAAAGAUUUUCCAGAUGUGGAUCACCCCUGGCGAGCUGGAUGAAAAUACUAUUCCUUAUCCCGAGUACAGGCAGACGUGGCGGGACAAGAACCCAGACCACGAGUACAAGGUUCUUUCUGGCGAGGACCUGAAGAGCGCUGUGAAAAGUGCGUUUGAGCACACUGUUCCCGAAGUCUGGGAAGCCAUGGACACCAUGCCAUUAAUGAUACUGCAGUCUGAUUUUUCGCGUUAUUUGAUGUUGUUUCUAGAGGGCGGCGUCUGGGCAGACCUCGACACCACUUGCGACCGCCCUAUCAGCAAGUGGUAUCACAACCUCGUUGACUACAAUAUCCGGUUCGUGGGCUCUGUGGAGCACGACGUCAAUGACGACUCGUGGCCAAGCUUGACAAGCAGACGGUUGCAGUUCGAAAACUGGGCUUUUACGAGCGACAGGUUCCAUCCCGUUUUGGCCAUGGUGAUUGCACAUGUCAUCAGAAUGCACUUCACAGUCAUGUACGAGGGAAACCUCAACAUGUAUAGCGAUGGCAGCGACGCUAAGGCUUGCAACCGUCUGUCGGUUAUCGAUUGGACAGGACCCGGCGUGUUCACAGACGGAAUCUACAGAUACAUGAACAAGGCUGAAGAGCGGGAAUUCGUGGACAUUGAUCUCAGGAGGUACAACGCUGAGGAAGAAUUGUAUGGCCCAGGCACAGGCGACAAAAUAAACUGGCGCGGUUUCUCUGGGCUGAAUGCACCUGUUAUUUUCAACAACGACGUGUGCAUUUUGCCCAAGUCAGGAUUCCGCUGCACCAGCGACUUUGACGAGUCUGUCGAGGAGUACUGCUACCUGACGCACCAUUUUGCCAGAUCGUGGUUCUCCGAGGUGGAGUGA